GUAACUUAGAUCAAAUAUAUGCUGAGCUGCUUGGCCCAGCAAGUGCAGUAAUAUACUGAAUAAUGAAGUUACGGAUGACAAGCUCUCCCCAUUAUGGAGAGGAUGAACAUAUAUAGAGGGUGAAUAAACUACACAACAAUGUCUGAAUUUACUGACAAGCCAGUACCUCCCUUUAUGGAGACGAUGGUUAUAUAUGGAGAGUUUAUCCUUCCCACCAAAUUCAUUACAGAUUGAACAUAUGAGAAAGAUCUCCAGCCUGUGCCAUACAGCUGUGAGUCCUUAUGAAUCACAAACCGUGGUUUCACUACCUCCCUCCCUCCACCCAGAAUCAAAUAAACCAAUUGGAAGAGACAGAAAACAGAGGGAAAAUAAACUGGAAAAUUCCCUUCUGAACACCUUAAGCAAUUAAAACUAGUCCAAGAGAUGACAUUGGCCCUGUUACAAGAUACUCACCUCUUGGACAAGGUGACCACAGCUCUGGCCAGGAACAGGUACAGCCCCUUGUUGAAGAAAUACAGGGAAUCAGCACUCGCUGCAUGCGCUAGCUAUCUCAUCCCCAGGUCCACUGUUCUCUGGGAGAGGAACCACCCAACUGCCUAAUCUGAUUCCGCCCUUACAGAUCUUGUAACAAUGACCUCUAGUUCCUCCAGACUUCUUCAGUUGAAAUAACUUCUAUAUAAACACAAUCUGUUUGAUAGAACUGAAGGACAAACAUUCAGUUUUUUUCUGUCAAUAAAGAAACUGUAAAAAAGGCAGCAAUUUUAUUUUCAGUCACUCAGAACCCAUCAUUAGUUAUGAUUGUCCUCCGACUAUGAGGAACACUAGAGAAGGGAGUGUGAGCCCUAGACACUGCCCCCUCUUUAAGUGAAGGUGCAAGUUUAGACCUAAUAUAUCGAUCAGUGUGACUGAUGUCUUGGAGGGAGAUAUUAGAAAUCAGCCUCUUGACUGUUGGGUGAUGCCCCUUCCCCUUUUAAAAAAUUGAAAUCUUUUUCAAUGUCUGUGGUUUACUGUUAGUCUCAGGAAUAUUCGGCUUCUCACUGAAUGCCAAAAGUCACAUUGCACAAAGCAGCUGUAACUCAUGAUGCACUUUAGUCUGAAAGACACAGGUUAGCCGAGGUGUGUCGUGUCACUAAUAAUGGGAGGGGCAUUUCUGGGAACAACACUGCAAAACUGCCAAUGAGAUUGAAACAGGAAGUUAAAAGGUAGUGAGAUCCACUGAUAGACCGGAAAGAGAGAGGGGGAGAGAGAGGCUUACUGUCAGAGACAGACCCGAGAGAGAGAGGCUCACUGUCAGAGAGAGAGACAGACCAGAGGGAGAGAUUCACUAUCAGAUACUACAGAGGGGGAUCCACGGAUAAGGAGACCAGAGAGAGAGAUCCAUUGGUCAGCGAGAUCAAAGGAAGAUCCAUUGGGAAGAGAAAGUCUGGAGAUCUACUGUGUCCUGUCUGGGAACUGAGACCAAAGAGUGAUUCAUUGGGUUGGGGAAAAGGUUUUUACUAAACAAAGAGGCACCUGAUAGAGAUUGAUUAGGAGGGAAAGAUCAGAACAAUUUGGGGAGCAGGGACAGAGAAAUCCAGUGGCCAGAGAGAGAGAGAUCCAGUGGCCAGAGAGAGAGAGAGAUCCAGUGGCCAGACGGAGAGGUUCACUGGUCAGAGAGAGAUCUAGAAUCCACAAUUAGCAGAUGAACCCUUCCACCCAUCCCUUCCUAUUCACAGUUCGCACUGAUCAGCCAGCUGAAUCACAGAAGAGAAUGGAGUGCCCAGUCUGUGGUGAUUGGUUUUCUGACAUGGUAAUUCAGCACCACGCUUGGAAUUGUGAUGGAUCGAAAGUAUUUGAGGAAGGGUUAAUGACUCAGCGAGAAGCAGCUGCGAUUACAGGCGAGGAACAUCCAUCUGCAACUUGCAUGAGUUACUUCCACCAACACGUGAAUGAUGUGGGCUCUGUGGUCUCAUCAGAUACGUCUUCAGUUUCACACUCUGGCACAGAAAAUUCUCAGGAAACAGCAACAUUAGAGACUCAGGAAUGCCCACUAUGUUGUCAGUGUUUCCCUGCUGAUCACAUAGUAGAACACGCAGCAUUCUGCAAUGGUCCCAGUUACUACAAGACGCAAAAUCGCGAGAUUCCCAGUUGUAGCAGGAUCCAGGAUCAAGAGAUUCCCAGUUGUAGCAGGACCCAGGAUCGCGAGAUUCCCAGUUGUAGCAGGAUCCAGGAUCACGAGAUUCCCAGUUGUAGCAGGACCCAAGAUCGAGAGAUUCCCAGUGAGGAUGCCAGCAGCACAAUGGAACUCUUUUGGAGCUACAUGAAUACAAAGGAGCAUGUGGCUCCUGGAGCAGCAGCUGGGACUGAGGGGCCCAGCAGGGCUCUCAGCAGCAGAGGGACAGAGGGAAGCAUUGAUCUAGAAAAAGCAUUACAAUAUUUGGUAAAGAUCGAGCAUGGCAUAACACAGGAUCCCGAAUUCAAGCAGGUGUUUGGGCCCAUCCUGAAAAACCCCAACCCGCUACAAGUUCUACAGUCGUUGUCGAAAGCCAUCUUCAGCAGAAGUGUCAGUACAGGAGCUGGGAAGGCUGCCCCUGUCUUUGUUUUCUUCCACCUGGCAAAGCUAUUUCUGCCAACUAUCUUGGAAUCGGAAACCUUUGCUAUUUUUAAGAAAUGGGUUGAAGUGUUUAUCCUGGAGAUGGUGCUCCCUCGAAUCUCCCAGAUGGGUGGCUGGGGAUCAGUACUGUGUGCUGUUGGUGCUCUCAUAGCGAGUGGUCUGGCAGUGGGUUUGAUGAUGCUGCUGAUGACUCCAAACUCAAAUAAAUAAGCAGCAGACUUGAAUGUACCAGAGCAACUGGUGACUAAUGCCCAUGCCCAACACACCUGGGCUUCAGGAACUACUUUUAGACAAAUCAUCAUGAAUUCAGAAACCAGAAAGGAUGUUCCAUGACCCUUGAUUCUUCAUUCUAUCAACAAGCAGCUAUUCCUAGAAAGUUGAUGAGCAGCAAUUCUUUUCCACACCCUAAGGCAAAGGCAAUGAAGUGUCUUGUUCUGCUUAGUCACAGUCAGCUACAAUCCAGAAAAGUCACCAACAAAACCUUUGGAGGUGGGCAGAAGCAAGGACAGGGUGAGGUGAAGGAGGGGGUGGGGGUAGGGGCGGAGGCAGAGAGACAGUUGGGGUGAAGAGGGGCAAUGAGCUGGGUGCAGGAGGGUCAUCAACUUGAGUUCUCAAGCUUGUUGCUGAUGGAAGUUGGUUGCAAGAUGAGUGAUGGAACUCAUGAAUUAGAUGGAAAUCUGAAUUUUUGCUUAAAAAUAUAGAACUUUGAAAUCUGGUGAACAUUUACAAAUUUCUGAAAACCCAGCUCUAAAGGCUGGGUUUCAUUUAUUGGCUGGGUUUCAUUUAUUUAUUCUCGGGCUCUGGGUGGUGCUGGCACAGCUGCUUUCUAAUGGCCAUUCAUAGUUGCCCUGUUUUGAUGUAACCGAGUGACUUGCUAGGCCUUUUCAGAGAACGAUUAAAUCAACCACAUUGGUGUGGGAGUGGAGUUACAAACAGGUCAGACAAGGUUUCCUUCCCAAGAGGAUAUUUGUCAGUUGGGUUUUUUAUAACAAUUUGACACCUUCAUGGCCUUUCACUGACACCAGCUUUUUUAGUUCCAGCUUUUUUACUGAAACUGAUUUCAAAUUCUCAAACUGCCAUGGUGGGAUUCUGAACCCAUGGCCCAUGCAGUAUGUGCGUGGUCCCAUUGCCCAGCAGAGAACAUUGUUCUGGAUCUUGCAGAAUGUACCAGUGUUUUGUGGGCCUUUGGUACAGAAAGCUUGAAACAGUGUGGGUGAGAAAUUCUUGAUGUUUUAGUGAGAACACCUCAUGUGCCUAAAUUUGUGGCAUUUUUUACCCUCAAGAAAGUUGGACAAUGGGAAAGGAAGUUUUGCCACUACUAGCCUCUGAAGGGUUGACUUAGUGAGGUGAGCGCAUUACCGGUGCCUAGUAGAUGUGGCAUUUCCAUCUACCUCCCCCUACUCGCGUGCCAACACAAGAACUCUUUUAAUCUGUUGAUGGGAUGCAACCAUUGCUGGAAUUUGCUGCCUGCCCCUAAUUGCCCUUCAGGAGGUGAUGGUGAGCUGCCUCCUUUAACUGCUGUUGUCCAUCCGGUAUAAUCUAGGCUGUUAGGAAGGGAGUUUCAGGUUUUUCCACCCAGCAUCAGUGAAGUAACGGUGAUAUAGUUCCAAGUUAGGAUGUUAUGUGAGUCUUGGAAGGAAAUCUGUAAGUGGUGGUGUUCCCUGGUGUUUGCUUCCCAUCAGCUAACUGAGGAGCGCUGUUGACCGUAGUAUUAGAGACUUUUGCAUCCUGGACCUUUGCAUCUUAAAGACCCAUGGAGAUUGUGUAGAACGAAGUGCCUUGGACAGAGAUUGAGGAGAACUGUCUCACAAAAUGCUUCCAUAAUCUUUGUUCAAAAUAAAUUAUGACGUUGAUUUUCAAAU